AUGCUGAAAAUUCCAGCUAACAGCAGGUGGGCGCCAAUUGCGCGAUACCCAAUCACUGAACUCAUCAUCAAACAAAUUAAGCCUCUUGCUACCAAGAAAAGCCAUUCCCAAGGGACUCUCGUGAGUGAGGAGCUAUGUGUCGAUUCCUUGAAGCGCAUAUCUCCGUAUAUUCCACAGGACGCCCCGUUGGAUAUUGUUGACCUGUGGCCCGGAAAUGGAGUCUGGUCAUCUGCAGUCAAUGAAUACCUUCGCCCUCGUCGCCAUAUUAUGAUUGAGCCGGAAUUGGACGUAUACGGGCCUUUUCUGAAACCAUUAGCGAAAAGCAAGCCAUCUUACACGCUAGGAUCUCUGAACAUUUACACCGCACGAUGGCCGGAGAUCUUCAAAAAAUACCUACCAGAACAAAAGGCGCCACAACCAAACGAGUCCGGCGAUCUGCCGAAGAACAAUUCUCUUUUGAUCCUUGCGAAUCCACCUAUCCCAAAUUCCGCCAAGGACCACUUUACCCCGUCGCGAUGGUGGGCUGCAGUGAUGGAAAGCUGUAUGCUACAAACAGGACUUCAUUGCUAUGGAAGUGUGCGAAUUCUUGCAUCAUUCCCCAUUCUCGAAGUGCAAUCGGUUCUUCCCCGUACAGUUUGCGAUCGCAAGCGACCAGCACUUCUGACAGAAAACGUGGCAUUGCACGCGUUCGAACUCGCCAGUGGAUAUGAACUAGAACCAUGGCACAGUCUGAAGACAUGGACUUCUAUUCAAAGCAAUAUGCACCGAGUCACAGAGAGGGCUGCCGCACAAGACUUGACCACUCCUGCUGGCCGUGAGGCCAUCCCAUUGGAACUAGCCCCGGAUAGCCCCAAGCCUCAGAAGGGCAUUCCUUAUCACCCCAGAGCGCGAACAGAGGGUCACGACAGUUUUAUGGAGGCUAUCGAAAAGGGUGCUCGAAUUACAGAGAACAGCCAUAAGUACAAGGCCCAGAAGGUUUCAGAAGCGAAAAAGGACGCCACUCGAGCACUCGCAUCGUUGAAAUUUGAUAACCGCACUGCGCUUGUCCGAGAGAAUCUCACCAGGGAUCAAAUGGUCAUUGACAAGCUCAUGGCAGAACUCUGUCAUGCCGCUGCAGACCCUAAAAUGACCACUGAAAAGUUGCAGGCGCUCGAUAAAAAGAUUGGGGAUACGAAGGCUGCGCUACAAGAAGAGAUUGAUAGUCACCAUUUCCGACUGCAUCGUAGUUGGGACCGGAACCUUGAUGACGCUCGGAUUGAAACUCAUUCAAACAAUCUAGACGAGUCUGUCCUCCUUUGGGAUAGACGACCAUUCCACCCGUUACAUAUCAAGCCGGAUGAAGUUUUCCCCCUCGGCACGCGUCGUACCUUUGUUUACUUCGAACCGGCCGAGAAACCGCCUGCGACUGCACUGAGCAAGAUUCCGAUUGAAAAGCGCGAGAAAUUGGUGCAACUUUUCGAGGCGCUGUCCGUGAGCUUCGGCACCCGUCACCAAAUGACCAUCGCAGAGCUGACAGAUUCUCUCUUUCCCGGACGCACCACGGAAGAGAUUCUCAAAAUGCUGCCCAGUCUGGUUAAAUAUACCGGCAAACGACUUAAACCAAACUGUGGACCUGUUUCAUUACCCGAAGGAGACUCCAAUCCCGAGAAGUGCUUCCAAGAGAAUAUCGAGUAUGAUUUGACUGAAUACCGACUUCGUUGCGUCCCUGUUUCGGUCCUUUGGGAUAUUCUAUUGGAAUACCAAAAGCAUGCAUUGGAUCUUUCCUCGUUGGAAUUCUCUCGGCUUCUUGGGGGAACCCUGACGUCUUUCCGUGCCGGGGACUAUUCGAUCUACCAAGCCAAGAGGCUCCACUAA